AGCGCGCGCACCUACAAAUCUUCCGGUGAAAAGCAAACGUUGCUGACGAAAGACGCGAGAACAGACAUCGCAUAAUCAACUUCUUCAAACGUUUUGAGUCAAAAUGCCCACAACCAAAACAGUGAUUUUGGACGCACUGGAAGAUCUUCUGGAUGCAGAGUUCAAAGACUUCAAAUGGCAUCUGUGCAAUCAAGAGAAUAAUCCUGUUUCUCGCGGAAAGCUUGAGAAAGCUAACUGCUGUGAUGUUGUGGAUAUCCUGGUGCAGCACUACAGUGCUUCAGAUGCAGGGAAGAUCGCAGUCAGAGCCCUACGCAAUAUUAAACAAAAUGAACUUGCCAUUCAACUGAAGGGGAAACUUCAGGAAGUUUCUUCAUCAGUGUCAGAAGAAGCAUCAGAAGAAGCAUCCAGUGCAGGAGUUCCUGCUAAAGCUUCAGGGGUUUCAGUCAGUAUAAAUGCUACAGAUGGAGGAAAAGUAAAGGCUCCAGUUCUUCAGGGUGGUACUUUUAAUGGCCCAAUAACAUUUAAUUAAUUUCAUUGGAAUGAAAUUGAAUAUCUAUCUAUCUUUCUAUUCAGGUAAUUCUCAGGGGAACCAAUCUGUCUUUCUAUAUAUAAAGAUGCUGCUAAAACUAUUGGCUUAACCCCUUUAGACCUAAUUCUUCCAUUUUUUAUUCAGUUUGCCUUAUUUUGAUUGUUUAUCAGGGCAUCGGUUCUCAGCAUUUUUAUACCACAAAACGUGAUGUCCAUUCCAGUGGACGCAGGGUCUGAAGGGGUUAAAUAAAAGUGAACACUGAUUAGUAAAUAAUACAUACUUUAUUAUCAUAUUUAGUUAAACAAGAUUCUAUAUUGUAUAAUGUUUUGUUACUGAGCAUUGCUGAUGUCAUGCUAAAGCAGGGGUCUCAAACUCAAACUGGCUUGGGGCCAUUUCAGUGACUGACAUUUCAUCGAAGGGCCGCAGAGCUAUUUUAACAUAAAAAAGUACAAUAUUUCGGUUUAUGUACUGUUUAAAUUCUAUUAUUGAAUGUAUAAUAACACUUGAAAACUAUACAAGCAGUGGUUUUUAUCUUUUUAAUAAACGUUAUAUUAUAAAAGUAAGUAAAUCUUUUCUUAACCUUAUCUUAAAUAAUUAAGGCCUAUUAAAACCUUGCACUAAACUAACAAAUUUAAUUCCUCUAUACAUUUAUAAACUAUUAUUAAAAAAUGUACGCGACGAACUCUUAUACAUUUGAAGGCGGAGGGCCGGGAGUUUGAGACCACUGUGCUAAAGUCUCCGGGAGUCUUGAUCUUUGUACCAAAAACACAGAGAUUUUAAUUUCCAUUGUACAAAUAAAAAAUCUUGUGUACAUCAA